AUGUAUCAAUUUCCUAAUAAAGUAAACCAAAGACGUCGUAUUCGACAGCUUAAGCGUCAAUCGGUUCGUCAGAUAAUUGUCCAUAAUAACGACUUUGCUGGUAUCAACCACAGUAAUGAAAGUAUAUCGUCAUAUUCGUCAAAUAAUAAUGAUCUAAUUUUGGUAUCAGGAAGAUCACCAUCGAACGCACUUUCAAAUACUGAUGUACAUGAUGAUUCAUCGUCGUCCACCCAAUCAGAUGAAGAUAAAGUUUCAUGUUUAAUGAAUACAAUUAAAAAUCCAAUUUUUCAUGGUCGACGAUCAACUCAUGAAGUUAAAAAUGACUCUCCAUCGCACAAACCAACGGAAGCAGAUAGUUUUUCACAAUGGAUGGAAACAAAAUAUUUGAUGUUGAUGUUAGUUUGUCAAGAACGAUUAGAAGAAAUGAUGAAAUCAAUCUACAAGAACCAGAAGAAGAUUCAAAAAGCUUCGAAUAAACGACAGAUCUUAUUUUGGAUUUUUAAAUCAAAUGGUGAUGAACCUGGUAUCGAUUUGGUCAAGAUCCUGGGAACAAAAGGCAAAGCUAAUCUUUAUGUAACACAAUUGAUUCAAAUAAUGUUCACAAUAGAAGAGCUAUUUGAACGACAGCCAUCUUUAUUUUCAGAAGCUGUACGUAUAAAAUUUAAACUCGAUGAUGAACAAGGGGAACAAUUAUUUAGUGAAUGA